GGUUAUGGGAUUUAGUAUGUUCAAAGUAUCAAUACUUAUUGCAUUACUAGGACUGUUUUCAGCAAUUAUUCAAUCUGUCCUUGGCAUAAUAAUGAAAAUGAUGGGAGCUAAAUACACAAUAAUGAUUGGUUUGGUAUUUGAAAUCAUGCAACUUAUGUGGUUUGGAUUUGGUUCAGAGACUUGGGUCAUGUGGUCUGCCUGUUUUUUGGCUGCCAUUUCUAGUGUUACUUAUCCUGCUAUUAGUUCGUUUAUUUCCAUUCAUUCAGAUGCAGAUAAGCAAGGUGUGGUUCAAGGAGUGGUAACCGGAGUAAGAGGUCUUUGUGGCGGCUUAGGACCAGCAAUGUUUGGAUUCAUAUUUUAUUUGUUUGAUGUUAAUUUGAAUGAAGGAAUGCAAAUAGCACAUACUACUCAAAAUUCUCUUAAUAGUUCAAUCAUAAUUAAACAUUUGAAGUACAAUAUAAAUAAUAAUCCAUCUUCUUCGAUGAUUCCAGGACCACCAUUUGUCUUUGGUUCACUUCUGGUUAUGUGCGCAUUAUUAGUCUCCGUUUUUAUUCCAGAAAAUGUUCCCAAUGGUUCUGAUCAACGUCAUAAACAAAUUGGUAAACAUAAUAACUUGAAUUUUUAAUAAGAUUAUUUGAUUAAAUAAAYAUUUUCAUUAUUAUAGUA